GUAAAUAGUCAAAUAGACAUUUGAACAAUAACACAAAUGAUCGAUAAAUCUGGAAAUUGACCGAACAUUAUAAAUAUUUAUUGUCCUAUUUCUGUGCAAGCCAAAUUUAAAAUAAGACAACAUGAACAGGAAGAGGAAAACGCAUUUAUUUGAUUUAUAUUGGGAAGAUAUCAUAGUGGCCAAUAUUAUUCCCUUUCUUUCAAUACAAGAAUGUUUCAUAUUUCGAUGUGUUUCACGGACUUGUCUUCAAAUUGUGGAUAUGUAUUUCUCGAAAUUGAAGUCUCUAAAAUUGAUGAACAAAGGCUUCUCGCCUCACACGUUCAAUGUUUUCGGUACCACUUGUACGAAGUUAAAACUGCUCAAUUUAAGCAGAUGUGCGACGAUUACAGAUGCUGAGUUGAUACCCAUGUUACGACGUAAUACUGGGCUUAUAAACUUGAAUCUUAGCCAGUGCAAUAACCUGAGCGCUAAAAGUCUACAGCCAGUGAUUUUAUAUUGUGAUAAUUUGCAAAUAUUAAAGCUCGCACGAUGCGCUUGGCUUACGACUGGUGCAGUGGAAGCUUUGGCCCUUCACCAGAGUAAAUUGGAGGAUGUAGAUUUAGCAUAUUGUAUUUCAAUAUCUGAGAGUUGUAUUCUGAUAUUCAUUAAGAAGUUUAGGCAAAUAAAGACUUUAAACUUAGAGGGUAAUAAGCAAGUAACUGAUAAGUGUCUAUAUACAAUGUCCAAAUAUAGUAAAUCGUUGAAACUCCUCAAUUUGGGUGGCUGUUGUGACAUAACGGACAAGGGAGUGAGAGCACUAGCACUCCACUUGCCACAACUAGAGGGCCUACUUGUUCGUGGCUGCACCAAAGUUACCGAGAACAGUCUCCGAUUAAUGAGAGACAGGGUCCACCUGGAUCGGAGACCAGCUCAGGCUGUACCGUUACCUGUUUAUGUGCAAAUUUGAAUGGUUGUGCUUAUUCUAGCGUUUAUGCUUAGUGUGCAGGGUUCCUUGUAAUAAAUUGAUAUUAUUUUAGCCAACAUGGUCGUCUAUGUAGGCAAUUGCCUAUUAAUAUUUGAAAAUGUUUAGUGGAAAAUUUCUAUAAUGAAUAUGAGAAAAUUUCUAUAAUGAAUAUGAACUUGGCAAAUGGGUUCAAAUUCUCGGCAUAUAAAAUUUAAUUGCUUUGAA